AGUCAGUCAUUUUAAGAGAAACUAUCAUAAAACAUCAAAAUACAAUAAACUGGACGGAAAUAAAGAUGAAUAUUAAAAUAGUUGUGGUAGUUGUUCUAAGUUUAGUGAUACUGAUUUCAGCAAUGCCAAAUGGAAAGAAGUAUGACAAGAGCCUCCUUGAGCAGUAUAUUGAACUCUGUGAAGAUCUUGAAAAAGGAGAUAUAGAAAACACUGAAGCAAAAUUUGAUGAUGUGUUUACACAAUUUAAUGCGACAUGUACCGAUAUAUUAGCACAUACUGAGGAAGAAGAGGCCAUCGAAACGCUUGCGAAAGAGGGUAAUAAAGGCGGUAUAAAGGGAGAUGAAAAGGGAGGAAAAGGAAAAGGCGGGAAGAAAAAUAAAGAAAAUAAGGCAGUGGAGAGAUUAAUGACAAUUUGUACCUCCAUCGACGUUCAAAAUUAUCUUGAAUCAUACAAUGGAGGAUAAAUCUGACAGAAACUUUUCUAAGGAUGAACAACGUAUAUACUUUUAUCUUACUCCAAAUUUGACUUCACAGACAAGUAACAGUACCAAAACACCUGUGUGAAAAUAUUGAAAUUACAAUGGAAAAUGAAGAGGACUACAUAAAUGUAUUUGUUCAUUUAGACGAGUUAACCUCGGCUUCUGAAAGCAUAAAAAAGACAAACCUUGCUGUAUUCAAAUUGUCUAAAAAAAGUUCAAUAUUUCAUUGAUAUUUUAAGAGUGUAAACAUUAAGUGAUCAAUUCUAGUUUAGAUCAGCUUAUUUUACUUUACAAAAAGCCAUCGUUAUCCUCUUGUUUAUUAAAUUAAAUUGUUCUAUUGAAAAUCUAUAGUUUUUAAUUAUUUUUACUUACUGAAAAACAAAGCUUUGCGAUACACAAAAUGAUCAUGUUAACUUUGCAAUAUAAAUUUUGACGUGUUUGUUUAAAAUUCUUUUUUUAAAUAUUUUUUUAAUAAGUAUGUUAUCUGUUUUAUUUCUUGACAAACACACUUAAAGUGAACUUUUAGGGUGAUAUUUUUUACAGUUACCGCACAUGAAAUCAAUGAGCAAAUCUGCCUUCGUAUUUGCCAGAAUCAUCCAAUGAAUUAUUACUAUUUCUUGGCAAAUAAGUAAACAGUUCUAAUCGUGAUAGUGAACAUAUAGAUAUGGAGCAUUUUUAAGCACCAAUCUUAUUUGGUGUAUAUCACUGUAUAAUGCAGAAUAUAUUUACAUUGAUAUAAUAUCAUAAAAAUAAUGUUAUUCAUAACAGAACUUUUAAAUAUUGCAAACAUUUUUUUAUAGAUACAGGUUGGUUAGUUUUCAUGUGUCUCAUAAUUUUUAUUUUAAAUAAUGUUGUUUACAAGAAAAUAUUAGCUAACAGGUCUCAUUCUUGGGACAAAACAUACUUUUUAUGUGGUGUUAUAAUUAAUAAGUGUA